CCCCUCCCGCCCGCGCGCCAGAGUCGCAGUGGGCGGGCCUACGUGCUCCGCCCGCCGUGCGCCUGUCCGGCCCCCGCCCGCUCCGGAGCAACCCGAGAGCUUACACCGGCUUCUCUCUGUCCUCAGCCUGCGCGCCUCCAUCGCCGUCAUGCUGGGCGCCGCUCUCCGCCGCUGCGCUGUGGCCGCAACCACCUGGGCCGGCCCUCGAGGCCUCCUGCACUCCGCCCGGACCCCCGGCCCCGCCGCGGCUAUCCAGUCAGUUCGCUGCUAUUCCCAUGGGUCACAGGAGACAGAUGAGGAGUUUGAUGCUCGCUGGGUAACAUACUUCAACAAGCCAGAUAUAGAUGCCUGGGAAUUGCGUAAAGGGAUAAACACACUUGUUACCUAUGAUAUGGUUCCAGAGCCCAAAAUCAUUGAUGCUGCUUUGCGGGCAUGCAGACGGUUAAAUGAUUUUGCUAGUACAGUUCGUAUCCUAGAGGCUGUUAAGGACAAAGCAGGACCUCAUAAGGAAAUCUACCCCUAUGUCAUCCAGGAACUUAGACCAACUUUAAAUGAACUGGGAAUCUCCACUCCGGAGGAACUGGGCCUUGACAAAGUGUAAACCCCAUGGAUGGGCUUCCCCAAGGAUUUAUUGACAUUGCUACUUGAGUGUGAACAGUUACCUGGAAAUACUGAUGAUAACAUAUUACCUUAUUUGAACAAGUUUUCCUUUAUUGAGUACCAAGCCAUGUAAUGGUAACUUGGACUUUAAUAAAAGGGAAAUGAGUUUGAACUGAAA